AUGAGUAUUGAGGGAGGGAGUUGGCUUGACCCAGUUGUGUGUGUUGUGACAAAUCUAGUCCAUUUAUCGAUUUUUCUUGCUUUUCUUCUGCUUCUUUUUUUUCUUUCUCAUUUCUUCUUCGUUUUCUUUCUUUUAUUCUUUUCAUUAUUAUUAUUAUUAUUAUUAUUUUAUUCUUCACAACCACGUGGAUAUUUUCUUGUAUUUUUUUUUUCAUUUGUUAAUCGACCUUUUUUUUUUCUCUGUCAUUCGAACUUGUAUUUUUCAUUCCUUGAAUGUUGGAUUUUUACAGCGUUGAUCUUUUUAGCCUUUUUCUUUCUAUUUUUCCUUCUUUCCUUUUUCUUGUUUUUCUUUCUUUCUUUUGUAAUUUACGUGCUCACUUUCUUUCUUUUUCUUUCUUUAGUCUUUUUACGCAACUUCUCUUUCUCUCACGCACUUUUUCUAUUUUCCUUUGAAGUUGCACCUCUCACUCUCUUUCUUUGUUUACUAUCUUCACUCCCUUUGUUGUAUAUUCUUUUCUUUUCUUUUCUUUUCUUUUCUUUUAAUUUCCUUCGGAUUCUUUAUUUAUUUAUUCCUUUCUUUCUUUCUUUCUUUCUUUCUUUCUUUCUUUCUUUCUUUCUUUCUUUAUUCCUUUCUUUCUUUCUUUCUUUCUUUCUUUUACUUUCGUAUGUCUCCUUUGUUCUAAACUUUCAUUCUUUUAUCUUUCUUUUACUGCAGACAUUUUUCUUUUCUUUUUGUCUAUCUCUUUUUCUCUAG